AUGAUCAAGACGGCGCUGCGCAACCCGAUACCGCAUCGAGAUGAUCUUCUGACCAUCGGUCAGACUCCAAAGCACAUCCGUGGCGGCCUGACACACUUUGGCUUUGCAGGUCCUCAGCAAUUCUUGCAGCAUGCUUCUGUAGGCAUGAGAGCUGGCACCGACUUUGUGGAAAUAGACGCGCACUGGCUGACUCCACCGAAGGUCAACUAUUUGAGGAUAACACCCAGAGGCGGCAAAGGCCGAGCACCACCUAGCGAUCUCACUGUGCGCAACGCACGAUGGAACUUGGAAGGAGCUACAUUCUUCAACACAACCAACAAGAUGGACGAGCUGCUGGUUGUGGAGCUGCGUGACGCUAAAACCAGAGAUCUGCCUGAUACGUUCUACCCAACUCUGAAAACUCAGCUGCAUCUUCAUGGUGUUGCAAGCACUGCGAACAUACCUGACGACGUGAGAAGAUGCUUUCCCUACAGCAUUGAUUCGUUGACUUCGGAGUGGGAAAAAGCGUUUGAAGACAGCAUGCGCAAAAUCACGGCCGUUAAACGCCACCUUACUGCCCAAGAGAACGGUAAGGAAGUCCUUGGGCCUACCGUGCUGGUUGUGAUGAAACACGAGAGCUAUGAUGAUUACGCUUGCAUCAAGCGCGUUGGCGAUCUGAAGCUCGGUAUCAACACAGUCUGCAUUGUCAGAAACAAGCACGACCAGCUAUCGGGACCCAAACAUUUCAACCUUCAGAAGGCAUCUAACGUGGCGCUGAAGUUCAACGUCAAAGCUGCCAACUAUCCUCAUCAGCUGAAUAGUACCUCUUUGCUCGCUCUCAAGGACAAGGGCACAUCUCAAGCUGACACCAUCGUCCUUGGUGCCGAUGUUGCGCAUCCAAGCAAGGGUUGUCUAGAUGGCACGCCCUCUGUGGCUGCCGUUGUUGGCACCAUUGACAACGACUUCAUGCUCUAUCAAGGCUCUAUGCGUCUACAACGUGGUCGCAAGGAAGAGAUUGGCAACCUGCAGGGCAUGGUGUUCGAGCGGGUUUUGUCGUGGGCGCUUAAGCAUGGGAAUAAACUUCCCAAGAAAAUCUUGUUCUAUCGCGAUGGUGUCAGUGAGUCGCAGUACGACAUGGUCCGAACACGCGAAAUACCUCAGAUCCAGAACGCCAUGAACGAGGCCGAUAACGCCCUCAAGCAGCGUCUUCAGUCAAAGGCAACCAGAAGUCCACCAGAUUUGCCAUUUUCUGGAGUCGACUUCGGCAAAUCCGAUUCCAAGGAGACCAAGGUCAAGAAGGAGGCCGAGGCGUGGCAGACAUGGGCGACAGAGGUCGCUGAUCAACGAAACAACUACCCAUGCGAGAUAACUUUCGUCGUAGUUGGCAAGCGCCACAAUACGCGAUUCUACGCCACCAGCAACAAAGACGUCAUAGGAGGCCCACCCGGACAACCGGACAAAUACAACUCAAACGUGAAACCAGGUCUCGCAGUCGACCGAAAGAUCACUCACCCUAGUAGCAUGGACUUCUAUCUCCAGUCCCACGAACCCAUUAAAGGCACCGGCCGCUCAGCGCACUACUUCGUCAUCCAGAACGGUAUGGGCCUCUCGAUCGACCAGUUACAAGACAUCACCCACACCUUCUGCUAUGCCUACGCCCGCGCCACUCGUGGAGUGUCCUACUGUGCUCCGGCAUAUUAUGCUGACCGGCUCUGCGACCGCGGCCGAGCAUACAUUCGUCACUUCAUGGUUGGUGCUGAGACGGCGCUUGAGACUUAUGUCCCGGCCAACAUCGACUAUCCCUUCCGCCGUAAGAAUCAGGGAGAGACUCAUCUGGACUACAUGGAAGCACACGCGAAGCAUGUUGGCGAGGACCGCGACUACUUUAGAUGUUGGCGUGUUCCAGGUGCGCUGCCUAUGAGCUUUGGUAGGUGGAGGAUGAAUCCGUGGCACCGCGAUCUGAAUACGACGAUGUUCUGGCUGUGA